CCGAAAUAGACGGAGCCCCUAUCAAUAAUGGAGGGAAACAGCGGUAAGUUCCUAUUCUAAAACAAAAUAAUUGAUUUAUUUUCUCUGUCUUUUUCAUUCAAGCCCAUUAACUUCUUAUAUAAUUCGUUGGAAGUCCUAAGUGUUUAUUUGGACUCCAAGAGUCUUGUCUAAGCGAACAAUCUCAAACGUGAUAUCGUGUUCAGCUAAAAUAUCUGUUUGUGCGGGACCGAGCUUCUAGUUCCUGCAUACACAAGCUUUUAACUUAAUUUUACCAUCAUGAAAAUAAAUGUAAAUCACGGUAACGAGUUAAUUUACGAUAGAUCGUCUAUAAAGCUUAGUUUAGAAAUAAGCGAGAACUUAUGCUUUCUUUAUUUUUCUAUAGUUUGUUCAUCGCUUGUUGUACGCUUCAAUAAAGAUGGACAAAACUACUAAAACCAUUAACUUCUUAUAUAAUUCGUUGGAAGUAUGUUUGUCACGCAUUGCCUCAAAAAAUUUCUUAACCUAAGCUUAAAAAUCACUAAAGUUUUCGCUUGUGCCUACCUCCUAUCAGUUAAGUGGGAGUUAGACCCGCUGAGUAGCCAAAAAUAGUUGUAACGUGUUCAUUUGCUUCAUCAUAAACUGGCAAUGCAAGCAAUUUAGUUUCUGACAGUAAGCAUUUUUUCACACUAAAGAGGAAGUUUAUCAGUCGACAUUCCUUCAGACCAAGGGUCAAGGGAAAAGUCCCAAUUUAACCUUGUCACUAUCGUAAUCAGUCUAGCCAAUUAGAAUGAGUUAUUAAGUAAUAAAUUUCGAAUAAAGUCAACCAUUGCCUCUUUGAAUUUGUCAGGAAUCUACAGCUAUCAGUGAUUUUAAAAGAAAACUAAAAAAAAAAGCAGAUGCAUUGCUUAGCAAACUACGAUAAUCUGAUUGGCGAGUUUCACCGGAUAAUCAGUGGUUUAAAUUAGGGUACAAUUCUACAAUUUUAAUUCUAAAAUUUAUAUACUUCACAAAUUUAGCCUUGAAGGAAAUGAUUUUAUUAUCGGAAAGAUCAUCAUAUAGAUGUAUCGGCGCAGUCAAACUUUGAGAUAUCGUUUUUCAUGAGUUUCCUCUGAUGUCCUAUUUUAGUGUUAACCGAUCCGUGACUUUUGGUACACUCAGCAACAGGUAAACAACAUGUAAAUGAAGAGAAAGUUAUUUCUACUUUAACCACGAAAACCACGAAGCUGGAUGGGACGUUUUUCCGCUUGUUUACUCCUACUUGGUAUCGUUUCCUAGAAUGUUGUCAUGAAGCCUAAUUCAUUCUUCUGUUUGUGCGUAACGCAAAGAUACAUUUCUACGAUUACUAAUUACACCAUGAACAGAUCCACAACUGCACUUAAAAUUCUGACGCCGAUUAAGACGUGUUCGAGGUACUUCGGUUAAAUUCCUUUAAUUGCGAGUUCUCAAAUGUAAACUCGCCGUAAUUAAUGAGAAAAAUAGCAACCAAAGCACAGACAAGGAUGAUUUUGAGUCUUCAAAAUAGCGCUUUUAAGCGAAUUGGAGAAAGGGGCUGGCCAACAAUGUUUGAGUUAAGUAAUGCAAGCUGUCUUAAUCCUCUCAAAUUUUGCCCAUUCGUAAGUUUUAGCGGGCCUCUAAACUUCUUUCAAGUUUUCUACAAUUUCGACCAGUUGCUGUCAAUUUUAAUUGCCGAUUUGAUGUUCCUUGAAUUGCGUGACCUGACGGCAUAUUAAGCCAAUGAAGUAUCAAACCUAAAGAGAGGAAGUCGAUUUAAGUACGCCAAAACACAUGCAACAGUUAAUCACUAGUGCGGGAAAUGUGCAGAUGUAAAUAUAGAAUUGAAAUGAUCACUUAUAGAGUCUUGGGUCCGAUGCAAUGUAGAGCAAGGAAAGCGAAUUAUCAAUAGAGUGUGGGGAUGGAGGUGGACUUCUUGCUCUUUUCCACAGGACAAUUUCCGCGAAAUACGUCCUAUUAGCAUGAAUAGACGAAGUGCAAAUUAUUCCAGAUUAGAUAGUUAACUUGCGCCCUGAGAACCAUUCUUUGGCGUUCUUUCAUCCAUGCAAAUUUCAAAAACUGUUUAUCAAUUAUUUCAGUAUUCAGGCAGACUGCUCUUGUGCACACCAUUUAUGUUAACGACGUCACAAAGAUAUCUGGGAAUGGCGCCACAGCUGUGCGACCAGGAGCUCAAGUCAAUAAUGUUUCGUCACAUCCAUCAAGAGGUAUUUGAAUCACUUAACAUGCGACUGUCAUUAUCAAACUUGCUGAUAGAAGUAAUUAGCUGAAAUUUAAUUUAUCAUGUUCAAGUUGAGACAGUAUCAUUUACUCUACUCUAACGAUAGAGGGGUGCACAGAUCACAAGGGGCGUGAACGCAGUCGUAAAAUAAAGCUUUUGCAUAAAUGCUCACGUAUCAUUCUGGCACCAACAAAAUUGAAACAUAGGAGGCUUCAUGGAGUAUGAAUAUGAAUUGCACAUGAUUCGAUACGGUGCUUAUUGCCUAAUGUUAAUUUAGUGGUCACACUACAACUAUAAAUCUACAGACUUCUACCGGAAAAAAUUGUUACCUAUAAAUUUUCAAAAAUUCUUCCAGGUUUAAAAUGAUCGCAUGAAAUGAUAGCCAUUUAAUAAGUUUAUAUAUCAUUUCGGAGUACCAGCCCCAACAAGUACUGUAUACUAUGUACUUUUCGCUCUGUACAUUAAAACUGGUACCAGGUCGACUAGCACUGAAGACUAUAUACAUUCACCCUGUACAUUAAAACUGAUACCUGCCUCGACUAACACUGAAUACGACUCACCAUUUACAUCAAAACUGAUGUUAAUCUGAAAUAAUUGUUGAAGUUGAAGUAGAAAGCUGAUAUUCUUACUAAUGAAAGCCCUCUGAGUUGAAAAGAUAUAGGUACUAAGGUCCGCAGGCAAAUGACUAGACCGAAAAUAGAAUAAACUCGUAAAAACUUGAAUUUAGAUUUUUUUUUCAUUUCCAAAUUUCUCUAUAGGGGAUAUUCCUCUUCCUCCACGAGAUGCGAACGUGAGACAAGGAGGUUCAAGAAUUGCUAACAUGGAGCGAGAAGAGCAAGCGUAUCAGGAUACGUACGCAUACGAAAGGGCCAGACCAGGGAGAAAAUCUUUUUCGUCUGAGAGUAACUCGGGCAGUUAUUGCCUUCCCAUGGUCACAGAAGAAUAUUAUCAGCAGAACUUCGGCUCAAAAUGGACGUCAAAGCCAAUUAAAUUUAUCUACAGAAUGCAAGGUAAAAUUUGAAAUAAGCCUUACUAGGUGCACAUAAUGUAGGAAUUCUUUAAACGUUCUGUAGACGAGAUUUCAGAAUCUCGUUAUCGCAGGGCACUGUCCAGUGAGAAAAUGUUAUUAAGUCGUAAUGAAAAGCUGAAACCAAAUCACCUCAACGUUGUCUCUUCAUUUUCUUUCUUUGCGACCCUCAUUUUCUUUUAUUUAUGUCUAAUGAAGUCUAUUAUAGUGAUAAUGAUGAUCCUAUCAAAAUUUUGGGUUAUUAUUGGCUAUAAGAGCCACAUUAUAUUUGAUUAAAAAAAGUACAAGUAUGCCAAUUUACCGUUUAGAAUACAUACAUUUUUAUUUUCGUUUAAAUUAGAUCCCGCAGAUGAAACUUUGUCCAAAGAAUCAUUUCUACAAGAUGUUGAUAAAUCUCUGAAAGAAUUUGAAAGUUCAGGUGGAAAGCUGAAGAAAGAAUUGGAAGAGGUCAUACUACUACAAGUCUUGCCUUAUCUUGAAGAAUCCUGGGGGAAAUCGUCUUCACAGAAAAUGGACGCGUACGUGAUCCUAGCCAAACUAAGCAGUUGCAGAAGCUGCAGUGAAGUUGUGAGGCAUGCCUUGCAGCAGCUUCAGUAUCUGCUCUUUAGAGAUAACCUGGACUGUUGCAAGGAGAGCUUACUAAAAGUGGAGAAAAUUGUGAGGUCUUCCAUUAUCUCACCAGACGCGGUCUUCAAAGAGGAAGCAGACUCCUCGCGCGAAGUAAGACUGUCUGUUUACAAGCGCAUUCUGUCCCUGAUAUGCAUUUACCAAAUUCAGACAGGUUUUUCCACAGUUGACUUCAAAGACGGUUUAAAAAAACUGCAACAAGACCUGAAACACUACUGCACCCAAAUCCGCUACAAAAAGAAGAAUUACUUCCGCUAUUCCAUGGAGUUCAUCCAGGGGGCAAUCUCCUACUUGCUGAAGGGGUCCGGCAAGGCGACUGCGACAAACUUGGGCGACUGUCUCGACAACUGCCUUUCUUUGCUAGAAAACCAGGAAUCUGAUGUUACGAAGGAGUUUCCUGAGAAACUCAAGAAAAUUGUAAAAAAAUUAAAAACGGGAGAAUGGUUUGACCUGCACUGCGUCCUGUGCUAUCUUCACGGAAAGGUGCGUUUUUCUGUAGACGGCUGCAUGCUUGUUCUUGUAUUCGACCGUACUUCGUUGCAUUCGUCUGUAUCAUCUUUUUCUGUCUGUUAGUGCUUCCGUCGUUCCACGGUCCAUCUUGCUCCCUGUCCGUUUUAAUUGUUCUGUGUCUCUGAAUGAAAAGAUUGUGAUAAAUCACCAUAUCAUUUCAGGUGCAUAGUGAACGCCCUACUCCAGAAAUGUGCAUCGAAAGGCAAGCUUUAAUUCUUCUUAGGCGUAUAGUCGAAGCGUAUCAAAAGGGAGGUGGAGGAGAUGAUUGGAGGUUUUGCUUAUUAGCAGGCUCUCUCUUAUCAGAUAUUGCAAUGAACAACAUGACGAAAGGUAUUCACCUAAUCAAAACUGAUAAAUUUUUAGUCUUAUACAGUUUUAAUUAUUUAAGCAACUUUUUGGUAUAUUCGUCUCUAAACGUAUUUAUACUUACACCAUUGUAUUUUUUUAAUCAAGAAUUACGAAUCGAGGCCGGAUGCUGUAUGAUUAAUCUUUUGAGGGACAAAAGGCUUCAGAAGAAACCAGAGUGCAGAGUCAUCCUCGAAAGUUUGUCGUCUGAAAUGCUAUUCAAUCCCGAUCAUGUCACAAAGACGCUUUUUGCCGGCCACCUCCUUGAAAAUCGAAGUUUACAACAGCCCCUUCCUGAGGACCUCCACGUUCAACAUCUUACGAAUCGCUACCGAAAUCAGACACUAGAAAUCAAUAAGCCAACAAUCAGCCAAGGACAGAAGUAUUUUGUCAAGCGUGGUAUGUUUCAACGGAGUGAAGUGAUCGUGAAAAUUUGUAAGGUCACAAAGCAAGAUAUCUUGGAGAGUGAAUCCCCCGACCAUUCAGGAAAGAGAGAAAAGAUCAUUUCUGAGGCCUACAACCUACGUCGCCUGCGCUGCUUUAAUCAUCCAAACAUUGCUGUUCUACUCGGCUGUAACACCAAGAGUCUGCCUUAUCACGUCAUCACAGAAUUCGAAAAAAAAGGCAACCUGCUUCGCUUCGUUCAAGCUUCACGAUGGGACGAUGAACUCCUACCGACGCGUAUCUUACUUAAGAUGCUCCUUGACGUAAUUGAAGCUCUUCUCUUUCUGGAGAAUCACGGUCUGGUACAUCGCGCUGUGAUGGCUGAGAACAUCCUCGUGGGAGAUGAUUGUAGAUGCAAGUUAGGUGGCAUGCAUGCAUUACGACAACUUCAAAAAGGAUACGCUGAGGAAGGUAAGCCAUACCAAACAAAUUUAUAGUUGAUAGUUCUGCGGCUAGUGGUUUGUUCGGCGAUCCAGAUCACCUAUGAAAAGAGUACAUUUUCGCUAGGCUUCCUUUUUCUUGAACAAAGCUGAACAAGCAAUGCCUAAAAUGUGACCUUGGACCAUGUUCAAACCAGAUUUGAAUGUUUUCCACAAAAUUUUACAAUGAAGAAUGUUAUAAUGGAGUAAUGUGGUUUUCCACUGAGUUUUUUAUUUGAAGAAACCAUCCCUCUGCUCAGAAUUCCUGAAUAUUAUCGAUGCAAAUUUAAUAGGAAUCUCUCAGUCAAUUACUUGCGAUAUACUAUAAUUCAACCUAGACCGACUAGGGAUAAGUCGCUUUAUGAUACCGCAGUUAAGCUCCUGAAAUAGUAGACAAGAGUUGCACUCAGAGUUUAAGCUUCACAUUACCAAUAGUACGAUUAACCUGAAAUUUAUGAACUUGAAAUGACAUUUGUAGUUUUUUAUUUAGAUCGAAAUGACGACGAAAUGUACGACUACUGUUCGUCCGAUGACUGUUGCCUGGAUGUUGUAUGCCAUGAUGAUGGAGAGGAAUAUGUGAGGUGGAAAGCACCAGAGUGUAUUUUAAAAAAGAGCUAUAGCACUGCCUCUGAUGUUUGGGCCUUUGGUGUGCUAAUGUACGAGGUUUUCACAUAUGGAUGCCGCCCAUACAGAAACAUUCAGAGCGAUAAAGAUGUUGCUAAACAUGUAAAUGCUUUAAUUUGUGUUAAAGAUGAGAAAAGCUCACCUAUCAAGUAACAGAGCACACACUGAAGAGAUGAAAGCACAGAAGCAGAGGGGAACAGUAACUAAUAGUUCAGGAGGGUUUAGUCAUAUUUCGCUAGGAACCCUCCCACCGCUUAAACUUCCAAAGUGUUGUACUACCUCAGGACUGCACUCAAUCUAGAUGAAGCUAAAAUAUAGACCAGUCACGUUAGUAACAGGAACUUUAUUUGGCAGGUCGCAUACAAUUAACGGUGUACCAGCCCGUGAGUCGUGCUUCCAAGAUGAAGAAUUUACGUUAAUGACGCGGUGUUGGGAACGGCACAGAUCAAAAAGGAUUGCACUUGCCAGUUUAAAAGAAAGAUUGGAAAAAGUGCUUGAUGUCGCAAUGGAUCCAGAAUCAGGUAAUUAUUUCUUCUGUAUAAACAAUUAGUUUCAUAGGAUCACUGCCGGAGGAAAUAAAUGGAAACUUAGUUUUAGGCAUGAAAGCAUUAUUCUUAUAAAUCAACUGAGUCUGCACAACAGUAUCUCAUAUUCAGGUUUGUAUUUUUUUUUUAACCAAAAAUAUAUGUUCCAUUUUCAUUCCCUUACAGAAGAGAAACCAAGAGAUGAUCCACCACCGCUGGAGACUUGCAUCGAUUACGUAAGUGCCCAACCACGAUGCUAGUUUUCAAACCAUUUUUUGUACACGGAGGGCACAUGUCAAGUUAUAACUUUGUCUCUGACCCAUUCGCAGGGCACAAUCGUCCGUAAGUUUGUACGCGGUGCGCCUCCUCAAAAGUUUACGCGCUAUUUAUCAUCUUCCUUCCAAUGGUCGAGGUCGUACAUGAGCAAAUUGUUAAGGUCGCAUCCAAGGCAGCAUAAACCCACUCGAUGUGAAUUAUUCCUUUCAAUAAAUCUCUGGUAGCAUUUAUGCAGUAGAAGCCUAGCCCGAUACAUUUAACAUUGGCUUGGCAGAAUUUCUCGCGAAAAAGGGAGUAAAUAGUGUAACAGUUCUCCCUUCCACGAGAAAGAGAACUUAGCUGACUAGAUUAUGUUUGAAUAUGCCUUUGGACCCCCGUUGGCGAUUCUCUUAGGUUUGACUAUGAAAGGCCAAAUUAAUAGCUGUGCAAGUGUUCGACCUCAGAGUCAGAAAGGACAAUCAUCUCAACUGCAUUAACAUCUAAAUAUACCGAGGAUUACUGAUGUGAACCAUAAGGACGCUGUCAAUGGGCCAUAAAACGCGUUUAGAUCAACAGGCUGGGGACGAGCGUUUUGAAUAAGCACACAAGCCCUUUUUGACGUCCUAAAAUAAAUUGUUGUGAUUUAAAACCUUUGUAAUGAAACUUCUCUAAUCUCACCGAAACUGGUGCGUGCAGUUUGCUGGUUCUCUACAGCUUUAACGAGUCAUUACUUUUUCUCUUCAGACAUCUUGCCAGUCAGAUGAAAAAGGUGAUGAUGCACCCACAAGAUAUGAUGCCGGAAAGGUUAGUGGGAUCUUUUCGAAAUUGUCUAAAGAGAAACAUUCUUUAAAUGUAGCAGAUGUGCCUCACGCUCGUGACAAAAUGGAGAACAUCUUUCUUAAGACGAAGUUCAAAGUCAAAAUUAACUAUCUUGCUCUAUAACAAAAAAUGUGAAAAAACAGAGUAAUGGUAUGAAAAACCUAUUACUCUUGAAAGAGGACUGGGAUUAAUGUAUUCACAGCACUCACAUUUACAUUUAAGAAUGUAUCUCUUCACGGUUCUUCUCUAAUACAUAUAAUUAAUAAUAGGUUGUAUUAAUUGUUAGAUAAUAUUUUUUAAAACCAGUAAAUAGCAAUGAAAGGAAUCUUAUUACCAUUCUUGGGUAAAUAGAAGAGUAAAUGAGAAGGUAAUGAGUCCUUGCAUUCGGUGUUUAUAUGUGUGACAGUUUAGUUUACGUAUGCUUAGAGUGUCGCCUAUUUAUUAGGAUGGCACUUUGGUGAUGGAGAAGAUUACAAAUGCAGACAAAAAUCAUUUGAGAAGGCUGCUCAAUCUGAACACUCCGCCAGAUCUUGCUAGGAUUUUGAGAAUAGACAACUUGGAUUCUCAUCAUCCAGUUGUGGAGAUGGUAAGUUACACGUGCAUGAAUUAUUAGUUUAGUUUAAUCGAGAAAGAGAACACUAAAUUAAGGGAUAUUCCUCCAAGUGUUAAAGGGUUGCAUGGCAAAUAAUAGCUGGACUGCAAUAGAAAUGAUUAACGAGACUCACGUGCAUAUCCGUGGUGAUUGUACCCAUAGAAUAAGGCAUUUAUGGCUCAAUCAGAAUAUCAAAUACAUUAAAAACUUUAGACUUGUUGUAAGCCUGUUCCUUAAGAAAGUUCGAUUUUUAUUUCAACUCUUGCAAGGGUCAUAUUUUAACAAUCAACCGGGCGGAAACAAAUUAUAGGCUAGAGGCCUAUAGGCUGGAUAUGCAGCUGAGAACUGUACCUUUAGAAGAAGGAAUUCUUAGUGCUAAGCCGGAUAUCAAUUACAUUAGAACUGAUACACAUUAUAAGUAUUCGAAUGCCUCCAAACUACGUCCAGAGGCACUUCAAGUAACAAACUUUCAUGAAUAACAAAUAGUUAAUACCAUCCCAGAAUAUCGUGGUCAUUACUAGGGGAGGAUGCAUUCUCUAAUUUUCCAAGAAUCCCUUUCUUGACAGAUAUCGCCAGAGGCUCCUUUCGGAAACCUCAAAGAUUAUGUUCUGAGCAAACAAUGCCAGCUUGGUGACAUUGUUACGUUCCUAUCACAAGUGACCUCUGCCCUGCAUUUUCUCCAUUCAAAUCACAUUGUUCAUGGAGAUCUUCGAGCCGAAUAUGUCAAUGUAAUAGCUCCGAACAAGGUGAGUGGGGUCUGGUGACAGAAAAUCUAAAAUAACCAGGGUUACUAGUUUAAUCAAUUGUUCUGGUAAUGUGCUAGUAACGCAACCACGUAGUUUCCAAAAAAUUUUAGCAGAUAUGGAAUGAAUGUGACACCAAUCUUUUAAGUGAUGUGCAAGUUUGGUUUAGUUUGGUUUUGUUCGCUUGAUUUAUGUAUUUUUUUCUGUGUAGCUGUUUAUUUGCUAUACAAGAAAGCGAUAAAUUUCUCAAUUUAUUACAGGCAUUAAAGGGACUGUAAUUCUGCAAUAGAUGUACUCUUAGGUUUUUGGUCGCUUUGCAUAUUUCAUGUUAUUUUGAUUGUUUUUUUCGUUCUUUGCUUGUUUGUUUAUUUGUUUGCUAAGGUCAGUAAAGAAUUUUCUUGAUGAUGGCAAAUAAUCAGGCUCUAAUUCUAAAGGGGGGAGUUUAUAGAGGAACUCCUCACUCGUUUUUUCUUUUAUGUGUUGUUUUGUUUUGGUUUUUGGUUGUAAUUGUGAACUGCUUCAUCCUCUUGUUUGAAAUGUACUCCCUUGUGUUGUUUUAUGCCUGUGUUUUUUGGUUUUCUCCAUAUAAACACUGAGAAAAUUUUUUAAAAAAUAUUUUGAUACUGCAUAUUCAGCUAUAGUUAUCAUGAGGUGAAUUUUAUGUACUAUAAUGAAAAUUAAUAAAGUGUAUCAAUGAAGAACUAAAAAUAUUAAAUUUGAAAACAAUGUUGAAAGACUUUGUCUUUUACUCACAAGAGACUUCAUGAUCCAUUCCAGGUUCAAGUAACCCGUUUGGGUCGCUCCUUGCUUUUACCAAAAAGGGCUUACGACAACACUUCUGCCUCAUGUGUAGUUCAGCGUAAUAUGCCACCUGAUGCAACCCGCUGGUAAGUAGCUCACAACGAGACAACGAAAUAGGUACAAGACAUCAAUUCGUACUAUACUGAAAAUAAAAAUUCAAUUUUCAGCGCGCGGUAUUCAUGAAUUGUAGCGAGCAAGUUGGACCAAGUUAAGCAUAAUAAAGGGAAUAAUAAUAAUCCGCUGUGAAUUGAACGUUAAAUUCUAAAUCUCAGAGUUAACCUCAUGCACGAGUGCUCCAGAUUCUUUGCGCGAGGCGUUUAACCUGAAUAAUAAGUUCUUGUCUAUUUCAUUUUGCACGAGCUUGGCCCUCAGACAUUUACAGAGUUGUUUUCGCAUCAGAAUAUUAUGAAUUUUAAUUGGAAAUACAUUCUGCUUUGUAGUAAACAGUAGAAACGAAAAAAAAACCGUGUUUGAUAAAAGUCAGAACCAAAGUAACUCGCGUUAUUUUUCAAAUUUUUAACAAUACAAAAGAUAACUUGGUUUCGCCAAAAUAAUUGCCUGUACAAAGCAAAGUUGCAUCGAUAAGAUUGAGUGUAUUUUGCCGUUGCCGCACCAGAAUCUUAUAUACGCCUUACUGAAUGACAAAACAGCCUUACAUGCUUCACUUUCCCUAACAUCUUAAGGAAAUGUGAACAAUGAAAACUUAAAAACCCGCAAAAUUGUCUUCUUGGUAUUCAAACUGAAUUGACUGAUGCGAAGUUCACUCGAAAACCUGUUCCGUACUAACAAAAUAACUUGACAAUUCUGGCGAAACCUCGCACAAGAUUUACCUUGAUAAGUUUCCUCUCUUUGUUUCCCGUUUUUCAUUCAGUACUCAGAGAGAAGGAAUAGUUAUCUAACAAGAAAAAUCCUUCACGAAUGCUAUCACUUGUUGAAAACUUUUUGACAACCCAGGCAACUAGCGUAUUAUAUCAGGGGGCUCCCUGGUGGAAUCCAGGGUUCACUUGUCAAUCAUCAACGGUCAUCAAUAACAUAUCUCACUUAAUCCGGCAACACAGCGCUGAGUUGUCAAUAAAUAGAAAAUGGAGGUAGAUAUCAGUUUAGUCGGUUUAAAGUUCAGUUAAUUUUGAAUUUAAAGAAAUAAUUUAGGCUAGCCAUUUGAUUUGUGGAUUUACAGUGCAUUUUAUUAACUAAUUUCGUGCGUGGAAAGUCAUUUGAAAUUCUGCAAAUCUGCCUUUUCGCUAUUAUUCUUAUUUCGAGAGAUAUUUUAUCGAUAGCACGUUGACAGCUUCAGCUUAUUUGUCACUUACACUCUUUACCUCAACAGGAGCGCACCCGAAGUGAUCCAAGACGGCAAUUAUACUCAUGCUAGUGAUGUUUGGGCUUUUGCGGUCCUUGGUUGGGAACUGUACACUGCCUUUGCAACAGGCCAGGAGCAUAAGGAAUACUCGGUGCCUUACUGUAACCAUGCUGCCGAGGAGGUUUGUUUGCUGAAAACUUUACGAUCUCACUUAGCUGGUGGAUUCGAUCAAUUUUUUCUCACUUUGUUCGUGUCUAAAUUUAGUUUUCCCUCGCUGGUUAUUCUCAAACCUUAUGAGCCUCGAAACGGUUAAAUGGGAAUAUGACGUGCCUUAGGAAAAGGUAUUUGGAUUUCUGGGACUAGAACCAGGAUUCAAAAUAAAAAAGGGGGAGGGAAGAAGCAGAGAGGAGAUUUAGGCAAACCAUGAGCUAAAAAGUGCGAUUCCAACCCCCCCCCCCCCCCUUUUCCCUUAAAACGAAUCACACUAUGGGAAAGGCAAAGGCAAAGGCAAAGGCAAAGGCCCAAAUAUAACGGAAACAGCGUUUAAAGGAGAAUUUCAACUUGAAAUCGAAUUGUAUGCAUUAAGAAUAAGUCUUUAACAAGGCUAUCGCUUCAUUAAAAUUGAUAUAAUUGAGUAUCUUCAUCUUAGGUUAUCCAUCAGAUCAGAAACGUUGGGCCACUAUCACCACCAGACAAUUGCCCCGAUUGGGUGUAUAUCGUGAUGCAUCAAUGCUGGGCAUUCGACCCGGUACAACGGCCUCCGUUCAUCGCCAUCUUUGACUGCCUCACUACAAGGUAACCGCACAAUUACACACGAAUGUUUGUAAACUAGUAAGAUUUUUGAGAAACGGAAGUUUGACAGUACCUAAUUAUGUCCCUAAGUUUUCCAUUUGAACUGGCUGUAGUCAGAGUCACUCUCCGAGGAGGCAUGAGCAAGGUGUGGCUCGGUAAAAGACUUAUACCGAAGUAUUCCACCAAUUUUUCUGAUUUCACUUUAUAUACCAAACGCACUCAAGGAAUGAAGGAAAUCAAUGAUAACGGGAAAAGAUAGAUACCUAAUUUGCGAAUUAUUGGAGUUUUUAGACUUUGAAAGUGGUUUUAAGCCUAAAAUAACUGAGAAGGCAACCAUUUGGCGAUAUCAGAAGGCUUUUAUUGAUAAAUGGGUCUGACCCUGCAAGGUUUUUUAAUGGAUUUUUUUAAUUGAUUUACCUCUCACAAUCAAACAUCUCGUUUCUUAUAGGCAACCAAUGAACUCUUGGCUAAUGUCAUUGUGGAAAGAGCGCCAUGAAAAGAGCGAAUGGCCUGAUUCAUCAAUCACUCAGCCUGAAAAUGCCUGUCACAUCACCAACCAAGACAAGAACUGUCUUAAAGAAAUUAUAGAGCAGAUGUGCAACGACGGUUAUAAGCUUUCAGAACACGAUUACAGAUAUGUUCAAGAAAAUGCCAUCAAUCGAGUGGACGAAGAAUUUUAUGAUGAUCUACCUGUGGAAAAGUGCUCCAAAACGUCUUCAGAUGUGAUAGGGGAUGAAUGCUAUGAAGACAUUUCGCCCACCAGUCGAUCCGACUAUGAUUUUGAAGGGAAAAUGGCAGAGAGUCCGACAGAUUCCAAUACUUCUUCCACUGAACCUCGGUACCAAAAUGUAAAGAAUUUCGGUAUCAAGAAAAUUCCGUAUCGUACAGAAGAAGAAGAGCUUUAUGAUGACAUCGACAAUAUCCGUCAUCAAAAUAUAAGUACCGUCAACACCCUGGUGGUAGGUGAGGAGGAACAGGAAGAGGCAGAAACAUACGAUGACAUCUCAGAAGAAGGCCAAGAAUUCUAUGAAGAUAUUGAAGAACGAUCUCGUGAUCCUUGCCAUGGAGCGUGCGCAAAUGAGCCUUCUUCAAAAGAUGGUAACUCCCCUUUGAACACCGAGAGUCAAGAGCCUUCUUUUGAAGAGGAUAUUUACUCAGUAGACGAAGAAACGGACCCAGUAGAUCCAGAAGGGGAGGAUUUAUACGAAGAGAUCGAUAAUCUCAGGCCACCAUCGUAUGCAAAAGCUUGCAAUGAAACAGAACAAGCAAACGUAGACUCCAAAAACGCCAGCUGCCUUCCUCGAGGGGGUAUUCCCCGAGGGGGUGUUCCCUCAGUAAACGAGGUGGAAUUCCUCUAUGAAGAAAUAGGAGGAAAUCAAACGACAGAUUCCGCGGCGUACCAAAGUACCACAGGUCCCCAAGAUCAUCGCACCACAAACAACCGAGAUGAAGCAGGAUACAGAGAACUUAGCCAGAGAGAGUCAUACAUGCAACUGACGCGACCUACAGCAAAGAAACCCAAUCCUGCCAUGAAGAAUGCCGCAAAGCUGAACAACCGCAGGUUGCCGCAUAAGAGAAAGGAAACAAUUAACGAUCGACUUCGCAAUACUGUUAAGGAACCAUAAAAUUGUAGAGUCAAACAUUGAAUUUUUUUGUUGAAUGACUGACACGAUGAAGGUGACCAACAGUCGUAAUUAAAUUCAUAGAUAAGUCGAGUUCAAGGAAAGAACUAAUCACUGCAGGUGAGCUGCAAGUGAGGAAUGUCAGUAAAGAAGCCUGAAGAUUUCUCGGUUUGUCCGAAUUUCGAAUCCGUUUCUUUUCAGAUUCUUGUUAGUUGCUUCUUCCAGUUGAGCUACUAAACCACAGGUUGGGAACGAGGCAAAUUUUAUAUAGGUUCCUCGUUAUCGUAAAGGAAUUUGAUCGCAAUUAAAUGAAGUCAUUAUUUACUUUUCAUUUUUUUUUCAAUAUUUGUUUCUGUCAUCCAAUUUUUAGAGAUAAGUCGGUAACAUGGAGGCGUUGAAAAGAUAAGUUCUUGUUGCUUGGCAACCAAUAUUUUCACUUUUAAAUUCAGAAAUGAGUUAUUUCCUAGUCUUGUACAUAGUGUUGUUUUUUAAGGAGAAAGCGUGAGAAACAAUAGUUUUGUACUUUUCCAACAAUAUCAACGAAAACAAAAAAAACCAUUUUUUUUGCUCACCACACGUUGGAAAAAAAAGCUUCAGUUGUAGUCAUCAAUGAAUGGAAUAAGCUAUUACUAAAGGCUUUGAUACAAUCAUUUACAUUAAUAUCGAUUUCUGUCAUCCAAUUUUUAGAGAUAAGUCGGUAACAUGGAGGCGUUGAAAAGAUAAGUUCUUGUCACUUAGCAACCAAUAUUUACACUUGUGAAUUCAGAAACGAAUUUUUUUUUAGUCUUCUAUAUAAUUUUGUUUUAUAACGAGAAAGCGUGAGAAACAAUAUUUUUGUACUUUUUCUACGAUAACAAAGAAAACGAAAAAGCAUUUUUUUGCUCACCACCCGUUGGAGAAAAAAGCUUCAAUUGUAGUCAGCAAUGAAUGGAAUAAACUAUUGCUGGCUUUGGUGCAAUCAAAUAUCCUUCUUUAUGCAGGCCAGAU